AGUAGUCACACCACCUUUCGGCACCACAAAGAGCACCUUGAGAGUCACAGAACAGACACUUGUGAACAGUGCUUCCCCGAACACACCUUCUUCCGUUGUGCUACACGCACGCAUACAGGACUGACACCGACCGCAACACUCGACUACACACCGAUCGAAAUCAUGUCGACCUUUGGGCAGUACUUCCGGGUGACAACCUACGGCGAGUCUCAUGGAAAGUCGGUGGGUUGCAUCGUGGACGGUGUGCCUCCCGGGCUCGAGCUCACGGAGAAAGACAUUCAACCUCAAAUGACACGACGACGACCGGGCCAGUCCGCUCUUACGACCCCGCGAGAUGAGAAAGACAUGGUUGAAAUUCAGAGCGGCACCGAGUUUGGAAUUACGCUGGGCACACCCAUUGGACUGCGAGUCAUGAACCAAGAUCAGAGACCAAAAGAUUACGGCAAGGAAGGCGCGAGCUUCAAUGGGCAGCAGGCAGGCACAAAGGCGCAGAGGCCCAUGGACGACUUUCCUCGACCUUCACACGCGGAUUGGACCUACCUGGAGAAGUACGGCGUGAAAGCCUCAUCUGGUGGUGGACGAAGCUCAGCACGUGAGACCAUUGGACGUGUCGCUGCUGCAGCGAUUGCCGAGAAGUACCUGAAAGUCGCAUACGGCGUUGAAAUCGUCGCAUUCACGAACAGUGUUGGAGAUGAGCAUCUCUUUCCCUCCACGAGGACGCACCCGAGCCCUUCGACGAACCCGGAGUUCCUCAAUCUACUGGAGGGCAUCACGAGAGAGCAGGUGGACUCUUUCCUCCCUGUGCGAUGUCCGAAUGGGGAGGCCGCAAAACGCAUGGAAGACCUGAUCGCCGAGUAUCGAGACAAGCACGACAGCAUUGGCGGCACUGUCACAUGCGUCAUUCGCAAUUGUCCUUCUGGACUGGGCGAGCCAUGCUUUGACAAAAUGGAGGCCAAACUGGCGCAUGCGAUGCUGAGUAUUCCUGCCACGAAAAGCUUCGAGAUUGGCUCGGGGCUUGGCGGUUGCGAGAUGCCAGGCUCGAUACACAACGAUCCUUUCAUCAAGGCUCCCGCCGUGGCUCCUUCGGUGUCCGGAGCAUCGCAACCCAUUAGCUCCCGGCCUAGGCUGACAACCAAGACAAACAAUUCUGGUGGCGUUCAAGGCGGCAUCACCAAUGGCAUGCCCAUCUUCUUCACCGUCGGCUUCAAGCCUCCGGCCACGAUUGGUCAAGCUCAACAAACUACCACAUACGACGAGGAGGAGGGCGUGCUCGAAGCCAAGGGCAGACACGAUCCCUGUGUGAUUCCACGAGCGGUGCCCAUUGUGGAAGCCAUGGCGGCCUUGGUGGUGAUGGAUGCUCUCAUGGCACAGGCUGCGAGGCAGAGCACACGAAGCCGACUGCCCAUUGUGAACAACAAGCUCAUUGUGCCCAUCUCCGAGCAGCAGAAUGACAUCUCCUCUCCAGCGAAUGGGCAUGACAAGUAGUGCUUUCAUCGCUCCAUCGCUUCGGACGGGAUGGGAACACCAGCGCACUACAGUGACUCAUUGGGCACACCGAGAAGGGAAGUCGCUCACGUAGACACGCCGGUCCAGGCUGGGCGGAAGAGCAUCUAUGCGGAGAACAUCAUGUGGGAUGAUUAGCGAGGCGUUGGGAGUGGAUCACAUGGAGAAACAUGGUAGCGACUGCGCUCGAGUGGGAUCUCGCUUCGUCCCGAAUGAAGGCUUUCGCGCGACAGGUGUGCGUUCUUGGGUAUACCUUCACCCUUGUUCAUAUCAUGUUGUCAAAGCAAAGUGACCAUGGCAAUUCCUGCUGUGCUGAUCUGCGUCAGUCUGUCAAUAGUGUAUACAGCCUGUGUACAACAUGAGACUGGGCAGCUGGCUUUUCACACAUACCAACAGGCGCCUGUUGAUGUUGAAGCGGAUUCAAAAUGUGUCAAUUGGGGCACUGGAGAAUUGCAGACGCUUUACGGUUCGUUACAUUUACGAUAAUGUUACACUUGUUUCAUUCCUGACAUCUGGUGCUCUGCUGGACAGCAAGCUCGACCAGAGCCGCUUUAUUUGCUGCCGGAUGAGAGCACUCCUCGCCAGCGAAGAAGCAGGUUUGUUAAUACAUGCCAUGGUUGCUUUGUUGUUGUAGUCAUUCCUUUGUGGAAGUUGCAGACCACCCCACUUCAUCGUAGAGACUUGGUCACACGAGUAUGGAUGGUCGCAGGCUGGUUGAGCCAUACAGAGCCAGCGUCUUGCUUCAAGUAUUGCAGCCGCCUACUUGGACUCCAUGACCUCAUCCUCCUCUUCAAUGGUACCAGCGGAGCUAGUGGUGCUCAUCUUCUCCAGCUCGGCGUGAUCUGGACCAUGAAUGUCCUCGUCGUACUCGACGGCAUCCUCGUCGGCCUGUUCGAACUUGGUCUUGAAGAGGUUGUGGCCGGCGGCCAUGGAGGUCGAGUUGGAGCGACGCUUGGGCUUGGUGAGGUUGUAUGGAAGAUCAUCGAGCUCGGUAUAGCCUGGAGUGCCCCAAUUGCCUCUGCCUUGACCUUGCUUCUUGGUGCUCGACGGGUUGACGCCGUCAUGGCCAGCUUUGGCAAAGUAGCGUGGAAGAUGCUCUUCUGGAGCAGCAGUGCCAUUGGCGAGGCCGACGUGGUCACGGUUGUUGGCCUUCUGGGUGCGAGUCAUGUUGAAUGUGAUGGGAGGUGUUGGUGGAUAGAGGGCUUGAUUGACUUGUUUGAUGAUUGCUGAUGGUGGGGUGGUGUUGGGUGGUGAACAG